UGAAGUCUCUCUAGCAAAAUGGCUUAUGAAGGCAUUGCCCUCAUUAUAUCCAUCAUCUCUGCGACCGCGUUUUUGGGCAACACUUUCGUCAUAUAUGUUCUCAUUCGCCGUCGAAGGACGUUUCUCACAAAACCUUACAGUAUCUUCAUUUUGAACUUGGCUAUCGUCGACUGCCUCACCGCGAUAUUUCUAGUCUUCAGUCGCUUUGUGUACCUUCCUCCAAUGCCCGUAACCAGCCAAGUUGCCUCGGAAUUAUAUUGCAAAAUAAUCUGGCCUCCCUCGAUGCCCUUCGUGCUCGGCUUCAUUUCAGUCUACACGUGCCUUUUCCUAUCUUUUGAACGAUGGUUGGCAGUCGUGAAACCGCAAGUGUACCGUUCCUUGAAUUGCCGCCACGCGAUCCUCGCCGUUAUCCUCGUUUGGCUCUGGGGAGCGGCAUUGAGCGGCUCGACGGUGUCCCGAGUGAAGUUCGAUGCGGAAACAAAGAAAUGCAAAUGGUAUCGUCUUCCUAUAGGUCAUGCCGAAAUGACUUGGAUAGAUUUCACUACCCAGACACUCCUACCAAUGUCCACAAUGGUGGCGCUCUACUCUCAUAUGUACUACACCUUGAAGAAGCUCCCAAAUCACACUUGUGAACGUGAGAGCAGAUUGAGAAGGGUGACCUUCGUUGCUCUGGCGGCCUGCACUGCCCUCAUUGCGGGCUGGGUCCCCUCACGUAUCACGUUCAUGAUGUCAAAGUACGAUGUAAUCUCAGCGCACAGCCCCAUUACCCUCACAUGUGCGACAAUCGCUUUUCUAAACAGCUGUGUCAACCCCUUUCUUUACGGCAUAUACAGCUCAAAGUUCAGACAAGAAUACAAAAUGGCUUUCGGAAGGUUGGCAUGUGGUUCGCUUCCAUCGCGUCGGCGCAUUUUAGUGGUAGCGAAUGCGACCAACGAGAUUUCAUGAAGGAUGUAGUUUCAAUUUGUUUGAUCAUUGCACGAUAAGCAAGCGAUGGUAUUACUAAACCAACCUCAAACUCAAGGUAUGUAUACGCACACGACAAGUUCUACAUAGAUCAGUGGCUAAGCUGAGCGAGCGCGCAUGGGAUUAUGAGGAGGACACGACGGAGGCCUAAACUGAUCUAUGUAAAAGUUUGUAGUGUGCUGAUAUAGAUUAUAGUUACUUCAAUUUGUGUCCUCUAAACUUUGAAGGAUUGAUAAAACUGCUAGUCUAGCGUUCGAGAAAAACACUUGUUUUUGUACCUGUCUGGCAGUAAACUUAUCAAGAAGCAAAAACUUUAAACUUGAACGGACUUUAAAACCGUUCCAUAUAUGUGUCAGGAUCUUUGUGUUAAUGAAGGGGUACGAAGCACGGGUGGAUCCAGCACUAGUGCACUCCUGGUACGAAGUUGUAUUAUUGUUGCCAACAACGUAUAUAUAAGACGGCAAUUGAUAUGUUCAUUAAUU